AUGGAAAAUGUUCCUGAAGUGUUACUUCUUGUGAUUAUACUGCUAUCUGAGAACAGCCUUCGGUCUCAUGCAGCAUCACUUGGUUGCUACACAGACACCCCAGCAAAUAGGGAGCUCACAAUUAACCCCGGCAACUACAACACCUCCCAGACAACCCAUGAACUAUGCACGACACAGUGCUCUGCACUUGCCUACAGCUAUGCAGGCCUGACUCAUGGUCGUGUGUGUCUGUGUGGUAAUGCCCUCACCUCGGCCUCGGCCUCCCAACCAACAUGUAACCAAGCAUGCUUGGGAAACCCGGCCCAGAGUUGUGGGUCUGACACUGUACACAUGGAUGUCCACCAACUUCUGUCUGCACCUCUCUCCAACUUCAACAUUGACGUACCCUUGCUAAUUGAGACCUACAAGAGCACCAACAUGUUGUUCAAUGUGACUGGGGGAAAUGGGGUUACCAUAUCAGGCACAAUCUCAGAUGGGAGUGGGGAUUUCUCCCUCCCUGUCUCCAUAGAUACCCUGGAUCAUUCCCUCCAAAAGCCGGGCACCAUUGUGAUCAAAGCAAGCGCCUCUGACAGCCUCAAUGUCACUGUCUCCACAAGCACAGUUUUACAGGGCCAGACCCGUAUUAAAGGGGUUAUUAUAGACUGUCCGGAUAUAGUGUUGAGCACAGAGAGGUUCACGUGUCAUGUGACUAUCACCAUGGGUACCAACAUAAACAUUCAGGUGGAUGCUGGGGAUGGCACUCUCAUACCUCUCAAUGUACCAGACUGCAAGAGUUAUACUGUUGGUCAGUCAUCGGGUGUUGUAUCCAGUGUGCCCCACCCCGGGGCUGGGAAGCUCUAUCUGGUGUCAGGGGCAGAGUUCACACAGAAUGGCACCAUUGUCGGCUUCUCAUACAUUGCAGAAACUACUGGCUCACUAACUGUUCAGGUGUAUCGGCCGUACUGUGCCAAUGUUGGGGAGGUGUUCUGCCAAAAGUCAUACUCGUGUAUAUCUGUGAAUGACACCUGCCACACGCAGACCUUAGGAGAGAAGUGGAAGGUGCGGUGUGGGGGCACGACCAUUUACAGCAUCGCCAAGCAGCAGUGUGUGUACCUAGACAAUGGCAGCGUGGUACAGAAGACAACCAACAACGCCGAUGGCAUGUUCCAGUUCAUAACAGAGGCUACAUUCACUGUCGCUAGUAUUGGUGCAGGCUUUUAUCAGCUACCAGAUGCUGACCUUCUGGCUGUGCAAUCUGGAGAUUUCCUUGCGAUCCAAGAGAACACGGCUGAACUGAGGAUCAUCUCUGCCCCUGUUUCCGCCCACGAGUUUAUCUAUGACAUCAGCUCAGAUUCUGCCUACAAUGAUAGAACCACUAUGGGGUACACAAUCCAGACGGGUGGGGCUGUCCUUCUUGCUGCCCAUGCCAUAAAAGCUCACCUGGUUCGACCUGUGAGGGUCAAGUUCAGACACAUCUAUGUUGAGAUGGACACAACCAUACAUAACAUCAGCAUAACCACUGGAAACAACAUCUCCACAUUUGCAACUGUGCGGCCCAUUCUUGUCCAGUUGGAGGUUGCCAAUGUUGACAUAGCAACCAACGCCACUGAAGUUGGUACUAACAGUUCUCUGGAGCUUGUUGUGCCGCCUCAUGCUGGAAGUGAUGUUGUGUACACAUGGGACCUCGGUGAUGGUAUUACCAUAGUAACAGACAACACAAGCGUCACAUACACAUGGCAUGAGGCCGGUGUGUACAUCGUUACACUCUAUGCUGCCAAUAAUAUCAGUUCGGGAACUGUCAAUAUAACAAUAACAGUUCAAGAUGUUAUCUUCAAUCUCACCUUGGAGGCUGAAGGAAUUGCUGCUAUAAGAUAUAUUCCCUUUCUCUAUACUUGGAACAUUACACAGGGAACCAACGUCAGUUACGGCCUGGACAUGGGAGAUGGAACAGUGUAUGAGUUGUUUUACCCAUUCCAAGUGGACGGGACCAACAGUUCAGUAACUGGGCUUGUUCUUGCUCCUGGGGCUAACUGUACAAUACCAGGUGGAAACGAAACACUGAACAGUACACAGUGUGACCCUUCUCAGAUAGCGACCAGUGCUAAUGGAACGACAGAUGGCUAUGCUGUGUCAAGGUUGCGUGUGGGUGGAGUUAUCACUUCUAACAUAGCUUUCGCGUUUGACCUGUCUCUCAAUUCUAAUAAAAACCAUUGUUCUUCAGGAAUGGUUGGAUAUUUAUGGCACAACUUCACCAAGAAUGGAAUCUUCAAUGUAACGCUGAGAGGGUUCAACUUGGUCUCUGAUGAAUUCUACAUGGUAAUUACUCACGUUGAGGAUGUGAUCUUCAACUUCACCAUACACAACAUACCACCCAUACCAUAUGGACAAAACAACACAGCCAUCCCUUUGUCAGUAGAUGCCGGUAGUCAGAUGAUAGUUUCAGUGGAGUUUGGUAAUAUGACUCUGGACACUGCCUAUGUCUCUGAUUCUCUAACAGGGUUAGCCCUGGUGCAAGAUUAUCACUACUUUGGCUAUGGGUAUUACAUUGUCACAGGCAACAUAUCCAACUUUGUAACCCCCAUCCAGAAUUACACCACAGGGGUGUGGGUUGACUAUCUCAUCACAGACAUGUCUAUAUCCAUCAACCGCUUGUUUUUGCCUGUCAACGAGAUAACUACCAUCUGCAUAGAGAUGUUCCAGUGUUCCAGAUUUAACACAAGUUUCAGUUACGAUGAUGGGACAGCUAACACUACUUUGUAUAAUGAACUCCUGCUGGCCCCAGAUAAUAUUACAGAGGGCCACAACUACACAGCACCUGGAAGUUAUGACCUCACUGUGGUCAUUGACAAUCCAGUUGACCACUUUGAGAACACCUACACAAUUGUUGUCCAGUAUCCAGUACGAAAUAUUGAAUUUAGCACAAAAACACCCAUGAUUCUACCCUAUGGCUCACAGGUGUACACACCAUUUAAUGUGACUUUCACUGGAGGUGUUCAACCUGCAACAGAUGCAAUCAUGACAGGAGACUUCAAAGAUGGUGUGACCACAGUCAAUGACUUCAAUGUGACCGAUCCAGACCCAAUCAUAUUUGCUAUGUGGCACCCAUACUCAGUACCAGGUACCUACAAUGUGUCGAUGAAUGUGUCCAACCUGGUAAGCUGGAUGAACAUGUAUGCAGUGGUGGAUGUAGACGAGACUAUCUACCAGCUGGAGCUGACCCCAGUUCCCCUAUAUGUGAGGACUGGAGAGUUCUCUGACCUACAGAUUACCAUGCUAGGUGGGACCAGGGCUACCUGUGUGAUUGACUUUGGUGAUAACAGUCCUACUUCUACCAGCCCCUGUGACAGACACACCGUUUUGAGCGUGACAAACCAGUACACUUCAGUGGGUGUUUACCCUGCCAAUGUGUUCUCCAAUAACACGGUGAGUUACCAGGCGGUCCUGUCCACUGGAGGCUCCAUCUAUGUCCAGAACCCGGUGGUUGGCUUCACCACCUUGUCCCCGGUCAAAGUCAGCUUCAUAGGCCCAGGAUACACUUCUACACAUGCUGUGAGCCACACCUUUGAGCUCUUAUUUGAUGAUGGCAUGGAAAUGGCGACCAAUGCCACAUACCAGAUUGAUUAUAGUGAUGGCACUGUGACCCCAGCCCUCCCCCUACCAAUAGUUCCAGUUGUUGCCAACCACAGGGGGAGUGAAGACCUGAUACUGAACUUUGCCCACACAUAUGUCAAGGGAGGUAACUACACAGUGGGUGUCACCAUAUGGAACUUGGUGAGCAUGGAAACCUACUCUGACACACUGGAUAUAUACGAAGCCAUUUUAAAUCUUCAGGUCACCGUAUAUGACUAUGAUAGUGUUACCGGGUUAAAGAAGCUGGGAGCAGGACCAAACAAUGUUUAUGUUGCCCAUGAAAACUUAGUAUGGUUUCAGGCAAGUUUUGACCGAGGCAGUCACGUUACAUACAACUGGACAUUUGGUGAUGGACAAAAUGACAGCAUUUAUUACCAAGACCACAUACUUCAUAAGUAUGACUUGCCUGGUACAUACUCUGUUCAACUGUUAGCUUCAAAUAUUAUCGGGACUGUAUCUUUCAACAUAGAAAUACAUGUUCACAGAAGUUGUGGAGAUAUUGCCAUUUCAGCUAAUACUCCACGAUCAAAGAACACAACCUUUGACUUUCCCGUUUGGCCUGGCAAUAUAGGCACAAACGCCUGCUACAUGAUCGACUACAAAGAUGACACAGCAGAUCCCAGUCGCUACCAGUUCUUUGGUGACUUGACCCAAUGUCAGACCAUACCAGAGUGGGCAGAUCUCCUGGCAGCUAACCUGGACUACUUUGUCCAUGUAUCCUCCUGGGACCUGGAGGCCCGGAGGCAACUGUACUUCAGCUCUCUCAUCAUGGACUCCACCACGGCAACGACACCGAGCACAUCCUUGGUAACCAACACAACUUCAGCUGCAACAACACCAUUAACUUCUGCUAACUCCACAAUAUCUACAAAUGCAUCUGUAUCACCAACAACUUCACAAGCACCAUUCACACUCAACACCACCACCAUCACACCAACAAUGAACAUCACACUCAACACCACCACCAUGACACCAACAAUGAGCAUCACACUCAACACCACCACAAUGACACCAACAAUGAGCAUCACACUCAACACCACCACCAUGAUGCCGACAACGACUAACACCGCUGCGACAACCACAUCAACUAUAAAUACACUACCUAUUCAGUGGUUUUCAACUUGGAAUGAGACAUUGAGAACCAAAUAUAUGACUCCAGGACUCUACCAGACUGAGCUAACAUGCAAGAACUAUGUUUCCAAGAAUACAACCAGCUGGACAACAGGGGUAACCAAGGGACCGUGCUGGUGGCCGUAUGUCAAUGUCAGCAAUGCUAAUCCCUGUAAAAUGCCAUUUUGUGACAGUGAACACCCCGACAUGAGAACUUCAUAUAGAUCAGAUAAGCUUGUUGUAUAUUCAAAUGUGACAAUCAAUUGCACUGCUACAAAAAUAGCAUACUACUGGUGGCGAGUCUAUAGGCAGAAUACAGACUGGGGAAAUGAGACAGAGGUAACUGAUUUAAAUGGGGCGGACAUCUACUCUAUUGGUGCCAGAAACCUGAUCCUCUUCAGUAACACAUUGGAGUAUGGUCUGUACAGAUUCCAGCUAAAUGUGAGUAUGGAUGAGUUGAUGGGUAUGACCUCGAAUGACAGUGUUUACCUGAGGAUCAUACCUACCCCCUUAGUGGCAGGUAUAGCUGGUGGGCAAUACGUUGUUAGACGUUGGGGAGAUAUAAUUCCCUUAGAGAUCGAUGGAGGGCUCUUCUCAUAUGACCCUGAUAUGGGAAACAGUACUGACAAGACAGGGAUGGAGUUUGUAUGGCUAUGUAGACGAAUCUGUGAAACUUGGCCUAGGGGUUAUGAUAGCAACUAUGAUGUGGCUAUACCAAUGGGGCCUAGCAACUGUACCUAUGAGGAGACACAUUCAUCAGACCGAGGAUGCAGCAAAGUUGAUGGAUUUGAUUCUUCAGGACGUGUGGUGAAUGCUUCCGGGCCGAUACUGAAGAUGAUGACAGGUGACAUGUAUGAGAAUAACUCAGUACAGAUUCGACUUGUGGUCCGGAAAGACGGCCGAGAGGCGGAUGCUUUCAUGGAGAUCUAUAUUUCCCGUGGAGACCCGCCAAUAUUUGGAAUUCAAUGUGUGACAAACUGUGGCCCGCGAGUGAACCCUGACAGUAGAUAUGGCUUGCGCUCUGUGAUUGAAAGCUGGAGCAGGGGCGUCUACUUUUACUAUGUCUGGAAGCUGUAUGGGUCAUUUGGUUUUCGUUUCCUUCGAUUUGAGAUUCCCUACGCAAGCUGGGAGGGGUACACCAACACAGGCAUAUCUGGGCCCAAUAUGGCCAUCCUGCCCAACUACACGUACCCUGAAUACCCAUUCUAUGACCUCACCCUAAAAAUAUGGAGAUGGGGAACAGAUUCGUUUGGUGUGGCAGAGAAGCAGUUUUCCCUCAAUUUGAAGCCAACUGGAGGAAAUAUAUCUGUCAGUCCCACAACAGGAAUAGAGUUUGACACCAAGUUUUUAGUCACUGGAUUUAACUUCAUGGAUGCAGAUGAUGGACUUAGUUUCCGCUACAAGUUUGGAUACCUUUUAGAGGCAAACACACCAAUAACCUGGAUCUAUGAAGGCACGGUGAACAGCAAUAUUGGAAAAGAGACUCCUCUUCCAGCAGGACUUGAUUACCGUGGUAACAAAGUAGACAUUAUUGCCAGGGCUUAUGAUCUCAGUGGAGCCUUCAAGGAUGUGUGGACAUCAGUGAUUGUGACUCCAGCAGACAUGAGUACAAAGGGGGACAUGUUGGUGAAUGCGACACAGUCAGGGGGACUGAUUGAAAACCUAUUUGUGGGUGCUGACAGCAAGGUGGCCCCUGUCAGCAAUGUCAUUGGAAAGUUCCUUAACGAGGAGGCCGCCGCUGGUGCUGCUGCAUGGACAACAGUAACAACAACUACAGCAGCAGGGUUGAAUGUGACGGAUGCUGAGUUGCUUGCCUGGCAGACUGCAGAAGCGGAGAGGCUGGAGGCUGACAGGAUUCGUAGGGAACAGACGCGUGAGGCAAUCUUGUAUGGAUUUGAGCGAAUUAACCCAACUACCAUGGAAGAGAUGCAGACAACAAGUGCUGCCCUUGUGACAUUAGCUGAGAAGGAAAACGAACUCUCCCAGGCUGCCCAGGACAGUGCAGUGAAGAUCCUGGACAACUAUGCCAGUGUUAUGAAGCUGGAAGUCUCGGUGUCAGCAGAUGACAGAGAGGAGGCUGCUACAACAAUGAUUGAUGUUCUAGGUAAGAUGCUACAGGGUGCUGGUUAUCAGGCUGAUAAGGCUACGAAAGAGUCAAGUGCCUUGGCAGAACAGGUGAUUGCCGGUAUGGCUGGGGGUGAAGCAGGGUCCACGACAACCACCACCAUGGCAACGACUACAUUGUCAGUUGCUGACUACCAGCUACGCCAGGCACAACUUAAGUCUGUCAAGGAAAAGGCCAAGAAGACAGCUUUGAAGUUUGAAAAGACCCUCCAGACAGUGAUUGACACGGUGGCGAGCUUCAAGGUGGAAGGCGAGACAAACAUGGUUCUUGACUCGCCCAAGAUGACCGUCACAGUCUCCAAGGAACUCACCAUGAACAUGAACAACAAGUCCAGUUUCCAAGUUGGUGGUGACUCCCAGGUGAUUGUGCCCAAAACGCAGCUGAUAUUUGGGGACCACGGAAAUGAGACCUCCUUCUUUGUACAGACAGAGAUUAUUCGCCAACCAAAGAGCCACUACACAUACACAAACAGCUCAGAUGAUUCAGCAACAGAGAUCUCGAGCGAUGUUGUUAGCAUUAAGUACAAAAAUGACUCUGGUCUUGAAGAGCCUGUACAUGACCUACCACAGGACUUCGAUAUCUUUAUAGAUCGCAAGGAUUUUGUAUCCGACGCUGGCAAGGGAGAGGGCCUUACCUAUGAAUGGAAUGAUGACUUUAUUAUACACGAACUGUUGGUUGCCCCUGGCACCGCCCUGUCCCUGUCCGUACACCAGCUGUUUGACCUGUCAGCUUCCACAUAUGCCAAUUAUCAGCUCAACGACACAGAUGGGGGUUCAGAAGAAUUGGUGAUAGAAACAGAUGAUGUCACACUCUAUGUAUUCAUUAGGGCUUGGGAGCAACCCACCAUCUUCAGAUGGGACUUCAACUGUGUACUUCCACUUACAGACGAGAAAAUUGAUGAGAUGAUGUCAUACAUGGAUGACUUCACCUUUGAAAAUGACACAUCCCCACCCAGGUCGUCCUUUGUAACCCAAUUGCCCAAUCGUUGGACCUGCUUCUUCCCUAGCGAAAUGCUUAAUUUGACAGAGACAACGCCUUUCGAAAUUGGCAUUAAGCAUGCUACAGGUGAUAUGGAUAUGCCUUGGCUAUUGGUCCAACAGAUGAAUGAAACCACCACCACUUCAACCACCACAACAACUACUACAACAACAACUACUACAACCACCACCACUACAACCCUCCCACCCUGCACCACCACCGUUGACCCUAAAACAAAUUGUACACGACUCCAGGCACUAAAUAAAGAGUGUUCACGAAAGAAACAACCCAGAGGAGGGCUGAACCAGCCCUGUGGCUCUAGUGUGUGGGGAGGAGGUGGCCCGGUUACGGAGCCCCAACCCCCUGCAUACAAGCCUGUGCUGUAUGAGAUGGAUUUCUUCACUACCUACUGUAUCUGGUGGAACCCCAACACCGAUACAUGGAGCACUGAUGGCUGCAGGGUUGGACCAUUGACACAGGUGAACCGUAUCCACUGCCUGUGUAACCACCUGACGUCAUUUGGGGCUGGAUUUGCGGUCCCCAUGAAUUCCAUCAAUCUCAAUGAUUCAGCCUUCAAUAAUCUGGAUUCCAAUCCAAUAGUGUUUGCCACCAUGGUCUCCAUGAUGUGCCUCUACCUGCUCAUGUGCAUCUGGGCCCGAAAACGAGACAAAAAAGACGCCAUUCUGGCGGGAGUGUCACCCCUGCCGGACAAUGAUCCCAGGGACAAAUAUUUGUAUGAAAUCACUCUGUAUACUGGAUCUAGGAAGAGCUCAGGUACAUCAGCAAAGGUUUCGUUCAUCCUGACCGGUGACAAGUCAGAGACUGCCCCGCGAGUUGUUGAGGAUAACUUGAGGCCAAUACUGCGUCGUGGGGCUAUCGACACGUUCAUUAUGGCUGUCCCUGAAACCCUUGGAAACCUCACUCAUCUCAGGAUCUGGCAUGACAACAUGGGAGCUGACCCUUCAUGGUACUUUAGUCGCCUGAUGGUGCGUGACUUGCAGAUGAGCAGCAAGUACUUCUUCAUCUGUGAGGACUGGCUCUCCCUAGACUGUGAUGAUGGACUGAUUGACCGAGUUGUGCCUAUAGCGGGUAAGGCGGAGUUGACCAACUUUAGCUUCCUGUUCUGGACAAAGGCAAAGGCGAAUCUGACUGACAGCCAUAUCUGGUUCAGUAUCUUCCAGCGGCCAGCCAAAAGUCACUUUACUCGCAUCCAGCGGCUCACCUGCUGUCUGUCGCUAAUGUUCUGCUCCAUGUGUGCCAGUAUCGCCUGGUAUGGAACUGCUGCAGAUUCUGAUCAGAACGUCAAGGUCGGACCCAUCAAGCUGUCCUUGGCUGGUGUCUAUGUUGGCAUUAUGAGCAGCGCUAUGACCCUCCCGAUCAACAUCCUAAUUGUCUUGUUGUUUCGAUACUCAAGACCUCUACCCAAGUCAAAAGAAGAGCUGUUGGCCAUGAAUGAAAAAAAUAAAGCUCAUGUAGACUCCAAGAAAACAGAUAAGCAGACAGAUAAUGAAACAGACAUAGACAAGGCUUUCUUUGAUGAAGAAGAGCCAGACUAUUACAUUGAGUCAGAGUUACGCAACCAGAAGGAGUUUUUUGACAUGGACAACCAAGACAAACACAAUCAGCAGUCAACAGGGGAGAUCACUGAGGCAGAGGCUGGACUCGUCCUGGUCGCCAACAUUCCCAUCCCCAAAGACCUGGCUAAAAAGAAGAGAAAGAAGAAGAAAGGUUCCUUCAAGCUUCCUCACUGGUGCGUGUACAUUGCAUAUGGGUUGUGUUUCUGCACCAUUGCUGUAGCCUUCUGGCUGACCGUUGAGAUAGCAGGUGUAUUCGGGAGAACCAAGUCGCUAGAGUGGCUCCUCUCCUUCUUUGUGUCUGCUUUUGAGUCCAUCUUUUUCUCGCAACCGUUGAAGGUGUUAGCACUGGCGAUGUUUUACGCAUUGGUGAUCAAGAAGCCUGACAUGGACUCAGAUGACGAUAGUGGGUCUGGUCUUGAGACAGACGAGGAGUGGCUCCAUAACCACCUCACGGAGAAGGACCUCACCAACCCAGACACACUCCGCAUGCUGGAGGCACGCAAGGCCAAUGCCCCACUCCCUCCCGAACUUGACUUCCUCAGAACUGCUAAGGCAGAGAGAGUGAAGGAGCGGCAGAUGCACGAGAUAGUGAAGGAAGUGUUCGUGUGCGUUUCCUACAUUUUCCUUGUGCUGUUGCUGGCCUACACGAACCGUGACCCCAGCUCCUUCAGGCUUGGUGAAACCUAUGACAACAUUUUCAACCAAGGAGAAUUUGAGAGGGCUGUUUUUGGGGAGAGACAGGCGUUUGAUAAGAUCAGGCGUUACGAGGAUUUCUGGAACUGGACGCAGAAUGUCCUGGUGAAUGGCCUGUAUGACCGUGAAUGGUACAAUGGGGAGUCCUACAUAGAGCCAAUGAUAGCCGACCGCAACUCCAUCCUUGCCGGUGGGGCACGACUCAGACAGGUCCGCAUGAAGAAAGAACCUUGUGAAGCGCCAAUGAACUACAUCAUGUACCACUGUGACCCCAGCUACGCAAUACUGGAUGAGGACAGGGGAGACUACCUGGAGAUGUGGGAACGUGUCGACCAAACUAACUGGACUCAGAUACCUAACUCCUACUUCACAUAUCGUACAUGGGAGGAGCUUGAUGGAUACCCAUACAUUGGUCAGUUUGCCACUUAUGGAGGCGGGGGGUAUGUGGCCGAGCUGGGCACUGAUUGGAUCGUGGCCACUGAUGUCCUUGAGUUUUUACAGGAGAACAACUGGCUUGACUCAGGCACACGGGCAAUUAUGGUGGAGUAUAACCUCUACAACCCGAACACCAACCUGUGGGGUGUGUCCAUGUUCCUGAUCGAGUUCCUUCAAACAGGAGGUAUUGAGAUCACUCCAAAGUUCUACAUUCUGCGCUUGGAUCGUUAUGCAGGAGGGUUCAUGUACUUCGUUAUGGCCAUGGAGUUUGUUACUAUUCUUUUCGUCAUCUUCUUCACUGUCAGAGAAUACAGAAAAAUCAAGAAACAAAAACUUGGCUAUAUCAAGGAGUUUUGGAAUGUAUGGGAGUGUAUCUGCCUGCUGUUUGUUUACACCAUUAUUGUCUUGUUUAUCUACCGGACGGUGGUGAACGGGACUAAGAUGCGUGAGGUUUCCUACAACCCCAACUCCUUCACAAACCUUCAAUUCCCAGUCCUUCUAGAUGAGCUGUGCAGCUAUUUUAUCGCCUUUCUGGUGUUCAUGUACACGAUCCGUUUCAUACACCUGCUAAGAUUCAACAGGAAGAUAUCUGUCCUCGGCGACACACUGAUGGCUGUCGCCAAGCCAAUUGUCAGUUUCAUGAUUGUAUUCCUGUUCGCAUUCAUCGCAUUUGCAUUGACAGCUUACUUAUUCUUUGGGAGAAGUCUGCGAACUUUCAGGAACUUUGUGACAACCCUUGAAACUCUGGUUUCUAUGAUGCUGAACAAGUUUGACUAUGAAAGCAUGAUGAAGGAGUCAAACGUGAUUGGACCGAUCUUGUUUGGGUUCUUCUGUGUUGCAUUCAACAUCAUCUUGAUCAACUUCUUCAUCACAGUCAUCCUUGAGGGCUUUACUGCUGUCAGGCUGGACAAGAAUAAGCAGUCCAACCAGUAUGAGAUUGUAGAUUUCAUGAUAAAGAGGGCGAAAAUGACCGUGGGUAUUGGGCAACCCAAAAAGAUGAAACGACCAAAAUUGCCUGUUGAUGAUCCAAAAAACGUCCAGUUUGUGUAUUUGGAAAAGCUGACACCGGAGGAGGAGAAGAUUCGCGAGCUUGACGAGAAGGUGAACACCAUGCUGGACAAGUUUGAGGACAUCACCUAUGUCAAGGACGAGGCCGAGAGCUUGAAGGAUGAGCUGAAGAACUUCACAAAGAAGAAACGCAAGAUUAUCUCAAGCUAGAGUUGAACCCAUGGAGGGACUGAACAAGCCCUUUGCCUCAAAUAUGAACUAACAUGAUGCAACUUAAGUUGUGGCCUUUUGCAAAACUUCUUUUCUUUGUUACUCAAGUAUUUGCUGACAUAUUAUUGGACAAAUCCCAUCACACAAACUCACAAUGAAGAAGAAACCAGUAAUAAUACAAUGCUAUGCAGCUCUUGUAAAACGAUUGUCAGGUCAAAGAAGAGGGCAGUGUAAACAUUUAUAUAUAUAUGAAACAAGAAUCAAUUUUGAAACUAGGAAUUAUCUAUCCAAAACAAACACUAUGAUUAAUCUGAUGGAUUUAAAUGCUGUUCUGUAUAUAGUCCAGAUUUACAACACUUCAUGUUGGCCUUGGACCAUUUUCAAAAAGAAAGUGAAAUAGAAUGGCAAAAACAUACUGGUUACAUGACAAACAAUAAAUAAUGAUCAAACACAACUAUACCUAGUUUUGUCUAUCAAUAAAAAACAGUAAAAGUAUGAAUUUACACAUUUAAUGAAAAUUUCUAUGCCAUGUAUUAUUUUAAAAAUAUCUGAGCAGCUCAUUCUUAUAUUUUUCUGAUGUUUUUUUUUUCAUUUCAGAAUAUCAUUGCAAAAAAAACUUAUAUUGCAAGAUUGUUAACAUGUUUCUGUAUUUUGCUUUUCAUAAUCUGUUUAAAAUUGGCCAGUGAUUAAAUAUAAGCAAGCAUUAGAUAGUUUGUUCAUUAAAUAAACUGUUUUUAGGUAAACUUGUGUCAUACCUGUAUCCUACUGCAAAAUUGCAUUGACCUACUCGGUCAUACAUUCUUAUAUAUAGGUGAGUGUGUUUUUUUUAAAGAAGCUUUUAUGCUCUUUGAUAGAAGCACUUUGUUACAUUUUAAUUGCAAUUGAAACAUGUAUGAAUAACAGAUUAAUUAUCUUCAACAUAGCAUUGCUCCUACUAUUCGAUAAUGCUAGGUUCAAUAUUGUUUGUGUUAAGUAGAAAUAUAAGUGAUAUUUGAAUUGUUUUGUCAUUUUAGUUUAUAUUUGAGGUCAGCUCAUGGGCAGAUUUUGGAACCAAUUAUAAUAUUAUGAUCAUGGACAAUAAAUAGUUAUUUUUUAAGAUUAAGUUAAGUGUAUACCAUUUCCAGUACUUAAAGGGACUUGCUCAUGGUUCAUAAAAUGCACUUUUUACGACUUUUUAUUUUAAAUAUUACAAAAUAAAGAUUGGAUAUUUUUGAGGCAUGUUAAAACUAAGAUAUUGACAGCUGGAACCCUUGAACAAAUGUUGAUAUUUGCUCAAAUACUGUCUUUGACGACCACAAUUUUGAAAAAUGUUAGUAAUAUCUUUCAGUAAAAGGAUGUAGCAUGAUUGGUUGGUGGACAUUAUCAUAUGAUGUUACAAAUGUAUUCAAUUAAGGUUAAAACAUCAAUCAGCUAUUGUAUAUUAGUUCUUGUGACCGAGUGGUGAAGGCGUCAGUUUUCCAUGGCAUGGUUUAGCACCUAACUAAAACCAAAAUAAAAAAAGUAUACCGGUUCUUUAAUUGUAUUUUUUUCUGAAAUUUAGGUAUCAAAGAGUAAGAUAAUUAUAAAAUAAGUGAUUUCAGAUGCAUUUUUCAGAAAACACAUUUUGGUCUAAACACAUGAGUGAGUCCCUUUAGUAUUGUUUAGUAAUCUUUUAAUGUAUAGUUUAUAUUAUUUCUUUUUCAUUUUCAUAUGAAUUUUAAGAAUAUGUGUUUCUUUUGGUUUUGCUUUGUUUUUAUUUUAGAAUUUGGAAAUUUAUUGUUUUGUUAUCUGUUUACUUUUGCUACUAAACAAUAAAAGAACAUCUUGAAAAGUA